AUGGGAUGUAAGGCUAUUGUGCAUUAUACGGGCACUUUGCUUGAUGACAAAUUUGAUUCGAGCAAGGACCGGGGGCAACCUUUUGAGUUUGAUUUGGGAAAAGGCCAAGUUAUCAAAGCUUGGGACUUAGGCGUAGCCACAAUGAAAAAGGGAGAAUCUGUGGUAUUAACAUGUCAACCGGAUUAUGCUUACGGUGCCAAUGGCAGUCCUCCGACAAUUCCACCAAAUGCUACUUGA